AUGAGAGCCAACGACGGUCAGGCAAUGAAACAGCACGGCGGUCAGGCUGCAGUGACGCUUUUGUAGUGAUACCUUCAUGUGCUUCCGGAAAUUACAGUUUCAUAAGCUGAAUAAGUUAUGAAACGUACACUAGACCUAAAAACGUCUGAAAGAGGAGGAUAUAAUCUAACUAUAUCUAACUAAUGAGUCUUCAGGGGUUUUAAGUAUCUAAAAGACUAUGAGGUUUACAUUUGUUGGGUUUAGACCCACAAGGUAAUCGCACAAACAUCAUUAUUUCAAUGUAGCUGUCGUAGAUUUGUUUUCGGAUGGUCCUUCCUUUUAUAUAGACUGAAGAAACGGUCACUAUAAUGCUAUUGUCGUAGUUUUUUUCUUCUUAUAUCCGAACAGAUAUCUGAAGCCCAAUUCAAAAAACCUGUAACACUCUUUAACAGAAGUUUUGGAGUUUACGAGCAGCCCCUUGACGCCACAUACGUUUCCCAGCCGGUGUUUUUAUAUUUUCACGCCCUUACGGUUUUGUAUUGUGGUUUCCAUGCUUCGAAGACGCCUAACGUAGCGUACAGGUAAAUAUAAUAAAAGAUACCUAUCGACGGUGUUGUCACUUUUCUUGGAUAGGUUAUUUGUGUUGCUAUAGGUUACAGCCGACUUUAAUACGACUGUCAUGACAGCUGUAGUCCAUUCUGUAACAUAUAUGUGAAAACUGCCGUAAACGGAACAUAUGAGCGUUUGGAUUCAGAUAUUUACAUUAUGACUGCCUUCGUCUUGAAAUGGGCGGAUGAAUUAUUAAUUCAGUGGCAGUCGGCAGGUGUAAAAUGACACCUUAACAGCAUUUGGUUUUAAGCAAGAGAGCUACCGCACUAUAUAUAUAUUUGUAAGAUCACAACAUCACACAUGAUUUUUUUCACAGUAAUGCUACAGUCACGUUUUCCAGUCUCUUUCUGAGCAGAAGGAUUUAUUUGCCUGGGAGCUUUGGUGGGUUUACACCACAGUCACUCACAUACACUGGGUGGUAAAUAGACUUACUGGGUCCAGUCCUGCCUACCUACACUUCAAGUUUAACUACAGGGAAAUGCACUAACAGUUGAGUUUUCUUCUCCUAGAAAUCAUUCAAACAUCUAAACCUAUAGAAAAUAAUCAUACCAAAUCAAAUCUAAAGAAACAGCCACUUAUCUGGAAGUUAAAUGUACUGAACAAUAACCUCUGUGUAAAAUAAUUAUGGCAUAUUGUAUCUAAAGAAAUAAACACCAGUCACAUGAAGUUGCACAAGUUCUCUUCUCAUUUAUCUGAUGAAAGGCUUCACCAAAUUACAGUUUGUAUGUGUGUAAACACUGUAACAGGCAUGGGUGGUCUGCUUCGGGCAUUGUUUUGCCAUAAACUCAUCCAGCUGUCUGCAGGUUUCAGAGGUUUUCCUCAGGAACAUCUUUGAAAACGUAAAAAUAUCCCAUGAUAUGACAAUAACUACCUUUUUUUAAGUAUUGUGAGGGACAUAUUGUCUGUAUACAGAAAGGUAAGACUCACAGAUGCCAAUUUCAUUCUGAAAACAUCUAUCAGUUGUAUUUCCUCUGUUUUAGCUCGUCACCAAUGCUGAUGUGUUCUGGAUUUCUUUUUCCCAAACCUGUGUUUGUGUGUUGAACAGGGGUGACAUGACUCUGACCAGAGGAUCUUUCACCUACGCCAGUGGGGAAGAGUACCAUGGCGAGUGGAGAGAAGGCAAGGCAGUACUCUUGUAAUGCCUUUAGUAUACUGUCUGUGCUUUAUCUUACGUCUGUCGAGGAUGUGAUUGUCUCAUUGUCUCAGCAAAAUACUAACAAACGCUUCUAUGUUUAUAACAUCAGGAUUAGAUUCCUUUGCUCCUCUUGGGCAAUAGCACUUUCCACAAAACUUUUUUUUAAUGAAGUGUGUUAAUUAAAAGUGUUAAAUCAUUAUCACAUCCACACAGGUGCACAAGGAUUACAUUUCACCGCGCUGUAACAGAUGACUGUUGUUUGCCUAUAAGUAAUUCCUGCAUCAUUUGCAAAGUUAAAAGCCCGUAGAGCUUCAGUGCAUACUUCCUUUUUUAAUACAUCAUUUGGAGUCGAUAUUUGCCACCAAGGAGACCAAAUGUCACAGUGGUAGUAAAUGUUCUCCUCUCUGUACAUGCAAACCAGUAAAUUACAUCCAACAGUAACAGAGAAUCAUGCUGUCAAAGUUUUAACCUGUUGCAAAGAGCAUGAGGUUGCUCGCACUGCUUGAACUCUCCCCUACCCACACAGACAUCAAUGCAAGUGACAUGCAAGCUAAAGCUAUUUAAUCAAAUCCCAAUUAGCUAGCAUUGGCAACUCAUGACGGGCAGAGCCAGAUUUACCGGCUCAGGAUUUGUCCAAUCUUCUGGAUUAGACUUUGGACCUGUUUGGGAAACCUUGGAGAGUCCUCAGUCAGCUGCUUGUGAAAAAACAAAAUUAGCCAUCAAACCUGGAGGAGGACCAUACGGGGGAGUUUAUUUUCUUACAGAGGGUUGAUUUUAGCUGCUUUUAGGUUUGCAAAGACAUGGAUUUGGUCCACAUCAUUUCAGCUGUUAUAAUCUUUUUGCCCCGCAGAGGUAAUUUCGCCUACUUUUCCAGUCCAGCAAUUACAGGUGUGAACCCUCUGACAUGAUUAUGAGCGUCAGCGGUGAAUCACAGGCUACUGGGGAGGGAAUGAGAGUUCAUUCGUUGACUGUCUGGAUCCUAAAGUAGAAAUCCCUGCUAAAAAACCUGCUGGAUUAGAGCGGUGUAAUUCCCGCCAUGCAGGAGGCAGAUGGGACUCCUAAUUCAGAGGUAAACCUUUAGCUGACAGCGAGGGGGGAGGAUACUUAGAACUGAGCACGUACUGACUCGUGACAUAUGUAGAAGCUCAAGAGUACCAUGUGAAUAUAAAACACUGAGCUGCACUGGAAGGUCAAAUGUCAUGCUUUUGCAGUAGGUCAGCCAUUAUCCGAAAAGAAAAAAAUCCAUAAGAGGUUAAGUGGUGAUGACACGUAUGUAUAUAAAUGUGUUCGAGCAGAUGGCAUCAAAAUCUCACAUCAAGGCCGUUCGACUUGACGGGAUUUCUUAUGUUUCCAUCAUCUGUUUGAAGCUUGAUCCUUCACUCACUGAUGGUGUGCAACUUUCCAGGUCGGAGGCAUGGAGUCGGGCAGCUCAAGUUUCAGGAUGGAACCUGCUACACCGGCCAGUUUGAGAACGGACUCUUUCACGGCUCCGGUGUGCUGGUCUUCACAGACGGAUCCAGGUGCCCUAAACUUAUUAUCACUGUAAAAGUAAAGCAGACGUGUUAAUCUCUUCACACCACUCUGUACAGCAGAUGAACUUAUUAUAUUUGCAAUAAUAAUAUCAUCAUCAUACUAAAGAGAAGCUGGUGGAAACAAAUGCAAGUAACAUAAGUGUAUAAAAUGUUCAAUGUGUGCCUCCUUUAGCUAGUAAUUGCUGUAUAAAACAUGGAUGUAGUCACACCCAUUUGUUUCUGAAUGAACAUUUUGAAGCCCAAUAAUUUUAGAUGACAUAUACCCAGACUCAAUCUGACUGAAAAUAAAUCUAAAAAAGGCAACGAGUUGGAACUGAGGCAGACCAAACAGCUGCAAUGCACCCACCAGUCUGUCAACUCAACUGUGCUCCUAGUAUCAAAGCUGUGUACCUAAAAAAUAAAAUAAAAAACUUUAUAUCAGGCUGUAAACAUGAUAAAUUUUGUAGUAAAAUUGGGAUUUUGCACAAGGGAUAUUAUUGGGGUUCCUUUAAGUCUGCCUCAGUUGGACACUCAAGGAACCUUUUUUAUUUGCACAUCCAUAUUGACGUCAUUUUUCAACACCACAGGAGCUUCACUUGCAAUUAUAGAUAAUGGCAUAUUAGAUUUUCUUCUUUUCCUUUGGAUUUUAUUGAAUUAUUGGUAAAAUUUUACAUGUUUUCCUCUCCUUCUUUCUCUCUUAAGGUAUGAAGGGGAAUUUGCACAUGGGAAGUUUCAAGGCACUGGAAUAUUUGGUCGAUACGACGGCAUGAAGUUUGAAGGAGAGUUUAAAGAUGGACGCGUGGAGGGAUAUGGUAAUUCUUGUUCUUUCACACCGCCGGCUUAGUUUGUCCCUCAGGAUAUUCCUUGUCUCACUGUGAUUGGUCUCUGUGUCUGUGCCUCCAGGGUUAUUGACUUUCCCAGAUGGGGCUCAUGGGGUUCCACGAAAUGAGGGCUUGUUUCAAAACCACAGGCUGCAGAAGAGAGAGAAGUGUCCUGGAGUUGUGCAGCGAGCGCAGGCUUCAGCCUCCAACGCUCGCGCUUUGGCGCUUUGACUGUCAUGGACUCGGGAGGAGACACGGUCAUGGUUCCAGCACCUUUCAGGAGGACCUCAGGGAUGUAACCCCCUUCAGAUCUCUCUUUUCUCUUUCUCUAUUUUUCGAUAUCACUUUCUAUUUUUCCUCUUUUGCAUCUUCCUAGCUUAGCCUUCACAGUGGCUUGAAGUGCACAUACAAUUUCACCAAACAAAGGCUUUCUAAAUGGCAGACUUGAAAUGCACAACACCAUGAAGCACACCUUUAACUUCUCAAGUCACGUAAACACCAAAUGCUGCUGUUUUUUUUCCCUUUUUCUAAGUAUUGUACUCAUAAAUAGUGUCUUAGUGUUUUUCUCUUGGAUAGUUAUUUUUCAUACACCCAGUAACCAAACAUAACAGACCCAUCUGUUCAUCUUUGAUACUUUAAAGAGGGUUUUCUGCACUGCAUUAGUAAGAGGGUUGGGGAAGUCUGUUUGUCUAAGAUGCAGCAUCGUGCAACUUAAAGGUACCCUGUUGAGUUUUUGAGCGGAGGUAAUGCUUUAGAGCUACAGGUAUGUUUCUACAAAUAAACCCUGUUUCUUUUAUCAUGCAUGGAGAUGCAUAGAAGCAGAAAUCAUUAUUUCUGCAGGAGUGUUUGUGCAGUCAUGCUGACAGACAGUUGGUGCUACUUUUAAAGAAACAGCAAUAUGCCCACAAAGCCAGUGAAAAUAAUAACGUUUGUUUACAAAUUCUGAGAUUCCUAGUACAGAUGCAGCAUCUGUAGCCACAGGGCAGAAUUAUUAGGAGUGGUAUUUCUAUUUGUAUUUCAUCUGGUGUAAGCUGUAAACAGGGAAACAGACAUUUUUGGAGGUAAAGUAUCAUGUAACAAUGAUUUGGCUUUAACUACAACCGGAGCUACAGCCCUGACUGGUGGGCUGCUGUACUUAUGCUGCGUAGAGUUACCUCAGAAGUCAGAUGUUGGAGCUGAAAAUGACGUCACACCUGAGUUACCAUCGUUUCAGUUACAAAGUCUGAAAAAAGCAAAAUCGGAGGUGGAAACAAGAUGGCUACAUCUACAAGAGUUAUUUUAGAGCUUGCUUUAUAUUCGGACAAGGCAAGCUCUAAAUUAACCUUUGUAGAUGUAGCCAUCUUUUUUUCAGGCCUCCGAUUUUGCUUUUUUUCUGCUGGGAACUCAAGUGUGACGUCAUUUUCAGCUCCGACAUCUGACUUCCGAGGUAACUCGAACGCAGCAUUAAACUCAGACACAACAUAUGACCACGAUGUGAGGGUUAUGUCACUUUAUCAUCUAGUCGACUAGCUGCUCACAUCCCUAAUUGAACUAGAGCAAAAUGUAGACAAAGUUUUGCUUUAAAAAUGCUUUUAUAAUGAUCAGUGGGAUUUGCCAGGCUUUGUAAAUAUGGACAUUGUUUUUAUUUUAUUUUUUUUGGGGGGGGGAUAUAAAUGUGACAGUCCUAAAAACACUCCACAGGGCACCUUUAAAGUCCCAUCACAAACAAACACAACGACACUGCGAGCGCGAUCUUUCUAGGAAUGCAUUUUGUCACCAGUGUGUGUCCUUUAAAUGGGUCAGUAUUCACAUUUGCCUUAAAGAUGUUUUGGUACAAGAGUGCAGUUCAAGGGUGUCCAUCUGAAAACAAGAUCACGCACAUUGCCCUCUCUUUCCCCUCUCCUCUGCAUCAUUCCUCCCUAAGGUGUCUGUCAUCUUAAUGAAUUUGAGGUCUGUUUGAAGAGUGCCUUCACUCUGUGACACGCGUUGCUAAGCUGGUGCUGAGUUCCAGCUCUCAUCUCUUACAUUCAGUCCAGCAGCUCCAAUAAACUCCCAUAAACCUCGCUCUCCCAGUGGAAAUCAGAGGAGAGGAGAUUUAACUCUGCAGUUCAUCUGUAUAACCUGAAAGUAGAUAUUAAAUAAUCCUAAUUAAUUGCAUCAAAUUAGGGAUGUAGAUCUUAACUGAGGCAGCUGAUUGAAAGAGUUUAUAAUCAGAUAUAUAUUUAACGGUAUUUGAUUUUCUUACAUGUGUAUUUUCGUGUUUGUUCUGACCUUUCAAACGGAUUCAAAGAUAGCUUUUUGAUCGGUGUGUAAAAAAAAUAGUGUUACUGAAUUAUUUGAGACAGAGUGGUUGAGACUUUUCUGAGAAUUGUAUAGGAUACAGUCAUAGGCGAUCUGUGAUUACAGAUGAUUUCAGCGUACUUGAAUAGUUAAUAGGCCUUACGAAACAUACGUGGACGUGGCUUGUCUAGGGUGGCCUACACAGAUCUUCAACCAAAGACAAUCAAAUGAUAGUGUAGGUAAGGAAGCCUGGAACAUGAACAGGAGUUACAUGUGCUAUUUCUUGCAGCUGAGCAUUAAAGACAAAUCAAUACGGACAAAUCCACUUGGGGCUUUAGUGCACAAUAAAAGAAAAAAACAGAAGAUUGAACAGGGAGCUGAUAUGAGAUUUUGCUGUAAAUAUUCCCUAUAACUCCAGUCUGGAUUCUUGCAGAUAUUGAUAUCUUUAUUAUUUUAUUUUAGAAGGGUAAAAAAAAAAUCAAUACUUAAUACUGCGAGCCUUUGCUUGCAGUUAAAACUCCCUUUGGUACAGCAGUGUGCUGCAAAGUGCAGUCAGUUAGAUUAAAGGUAAUAUUAGACGUGAAUCAGACCACUGCAUGCGUCAGGACCACUAUCUACUAACACACAAUGAUACUUAAAUGUUUGCUGUAUGUGCAAAAUGUGUAAUUUCCUGUAUUUCACAUCAUGUUAUGGUUGUUGUUUUAUUUUCAUCUCUGCUAUGUGAGAGACAAAACCUGCUAAAGCCUUCUUUGCCUACACACACCCAUGCCUGGGUGGAAUUGAAAUCACCAGAAACCCACAUCCAUUUCCAACUGGAAACAAAUGGUGCUUUAAAAGCGUGCCUGCCCAGACUAUCACCUGGAGAAUUUCAUUGCCAUGGUUACCUUUUUUUCUGUGACUGUAGAAUAAUGCUUUGAGUGCUCUUAUAGAAAACUGCACGGUAUCUUUUCAUCGUAUGGGUAAAAGUAUGGGUAUGUAUAAGGAAUGUGGUGAAGAGUUGAUGUGUUUUAAUAAAGAAGUGUUUAAAAAAGAAUAUUGUUCAUUUUUGAUGAUUAUGCCGCCAACAAAAGAGAUGAAACGUGAGGUAUUUGGAGCUGUGGGUGGAAGUUUUGGAGGGUGAAAUUGUGCCUCUGGUUUUUGGAUGCUGCACAGCGUGAAGCAGAAGCUUCCAGUUUGCCCAUCCCCCUUUCUCCCUCUGUACCACUCCUGCCUCUUGCAACAGCACUGUACAACAGCAUACUGCAUGUAGUUCACAUGGAAUUGAAAAUGACAGAACCCAAGCAGUAAAACAUGCAUGAGUCAUACCAAUUUAAGAGCUUCAGUCAGCCUGUUUUUGCUCUGAUGCAUGGACUGUAAUAGCAAAAAAUAAUCUUUAUGAGAGUCAGACUGAAGGAAUAAAAGACAGCACUUCCACACACUAUAUUUGACCUUGUAUUGUACAUGGUGUGAGUCUCCACCAGAGUCCUUGACCGUUACAUCGCCUUGCUUGCGACAGGAAACGUUGUGCUCUGCUGAUAGUGUAUCUGAUGAGUUAAUAACAUGAGCAGACUGGAGGACUGCGCUUCAAAACAGCAUUUUACAUUCACAUUAGGAGUGCAGUAAAGCAGAAUAUCAGUCAUUGGUGGCUGCGUAAAAGGACUAACAGUUCAAAAAGCAACCAGCCUGUAAAUAUUUGAGCAUGCUUUGGGUUUCCUAGGUGUGGACGCCCAUCCUCCCCAGAGAACAUUUGAGCCACUGAUGGUAGAAGGAAAAUAUGUCCACUGAGCUCCCCUUGAAUCCCUGACUUUAACAGGGAGCAUGCCGGCCAUCUCUGCUAUCAUCAGCUGACGUCUCAAACACAGCGCUACUGUGCGCUCCGGCCUUGUCUGUCGCCUUGAUAUGAAUUCAACACAGCUUCUGUACGGCACUAGCUAUUAAUGUUAUUCCACUUCCAAAAGCAUCUCAAAUCAGAUAUGAAUCAUCCAUGAGAGAGCAGCGAGGAUCGCGGAGUUCUUCAAACGCUGAUUACAAAAGUGAGGUUCAGAAAGUAGUCCAGAGAUUUCACUCCUGUUUCAGAUCAUUCUGGGUCCAAACAGACAUUUUCUAGAGUUCAAAGUCCUCUCAGGGGGUCAACAGCAGCGCUCUGAUGGGAGGAUUUUGUUGGUAAGCAGAUACAGUGUGUAGAAAUGCAAAUAUGAUGUACACAGACAGACUGAAUCUUAAACCUGAGACAGAGAGUUGUAAAAAUUGACCUUAUAGAAAAUAAACUGUAGGAGCAGAUGUGCGGCAUUUGUACCAUUUAUUCUCCUCUUGAAGGAUUUUCACGGGGUUCAGAUUCUCGUAGCUUGUCCAGUCUCUGUAGGGUCUCCAUGAUGUCACACUGCCACUGUUUUACCUGCUGCACCGCCGUCAAUCCCUCCUGAAACACAGGAAACCAGGACGUACUGUAAGUGACUGAUAUAAGGAUUGUGAUCAAGUAUCUCUCAAGAAAAGGAGUUUAAAAUUUGCCUGUUUUCUUCUAUUAAAUAGAAGUGAAGUUUCACAUACUGACUGGGCUUUGUUUUGAGAUGUUGAGAUUUUUUUUUUUAAAUGGGACAAUAUGCACAAAUGAAGAUUUACAUGUAAAUACAUGGGAUUAUGGCCAGGUUGGGUGGCUACUUUCAAAAACACACAGAGCGUAUAAAAAGACAAGCAACCCACAUAAGUUACUAUGGUAGCACAGAAUGGACAAACUAAAAGCAUACAUAUUUUUAUGUUUUCCGAGCAGCAGUGCAUUAGUUGAAAGAAGAGGAUAAAGACUUGACAAAUGGAGGGUCAAACUUAUCAUCACAGGAGCUUCUUGUCCUUACAGGCCACCGUAGUUUCAGUCAAAAGAGAAGCAAGGGGGCACUCUAGAAUAUGGCUAAAUGGCUAAACGUACCUUUCUAGUCUUUCUUUUAACUAAAUUUUAUGUCAUUAACUCUUAUUUUGCUAUACAUUACUGUUGUUUUUAUGUCGUUUUAUUUAUUAUUUUUAAAUUUCAUUCUAUGUUUCUUUGUUUUUAGAUUUUAACCUUAACCUUCAGUGUUUCCUUAUCUUGAGUUUUAAAAUGUGGUGGGAAUGAAGGGGUUGGGUUCGGGUAGAUUUGGGUGUUCUUUGUUUCUAUUAUUCCUUUUUCUGUGUAAAGCAUUUGUGCUACAUGGUUGUGUAUGAAAAGUGCUAUAUAAAUAAAGACUGAUUGAUUGAUUGAUUGAUUGAUUGAUUGAUUGAUUGAUUGAUUGAUUGAUUGAUUGAUUGAUUGAUUGAUUGAUUGAUUGAUUGAUUGAUUGAUUGAUUGAUUGAUUGAUUGAUUGAAAUAUUCCCCUGCACACUGUGCCUUUAAGCUGUUUCCUUAUUUUCAGUUGUAAGAAUCAAACUAGCUGCAGGAUCCAUUUACUUUCGCCAUGGUCAUGGUAUCUGGGAUUCUCUGAGCCAAUAGGUGUCAAACUAUUAUUUCAGAGUUAACGUCUAGCUUGACUAAUGUGCAUAACAAGUGGAAAAACUCACAUGAUUUUUUAUUUUCAUGUCAGCGCCUGCGACUAUGAGCAUCUUCACAAUCUUGUAUCUGUUGAGACGCACAGCAUCGUGCAGGGCCGUAUCUCCUUCCUGACGCAGAGAGAACAUUUUUUUACAAUCACAGAAAAGAUGAAUCCCAGACAUGACACACACUUUUGAGACGCUUCCUACCCUGUCCCUGCAGUUGACUUUUGCACCACAGGACAGCAGGUACUCCACAAUAACAGUGUGGCCUGUUCUUGUUGCUACAUGUAGAGGAGUGCUGUACAGCUGCAGUGAAGAUAUCGGCACAGAGAGUGAGUAAGUGAGCAAAUAAACCCACCUGUUUGAAAUUCAGGCUUAAAUGAAAUGUAUAUUCACCUUAUCUCUAACGUUCAGGUCAGCCCCGUGGCUUUUCAGGGCUUUGACAACUCCCAGGCUGCCCCCCCUGCAGGCCCAGUGUAAGGCUCUCGAGCCCAGCUGAAACACACAAGCACCGUGGUCCCAUCCUAUUAAUAGUGCUGACUGCAGGCCACUGGAGGCUUCAGCUUUAAUGUGUGAAGAUAAUCCCACCAAAUCUCAUCAACAUCUUAGCAAAUAAGCAAUGUGCCCCUCUACGUCUUACCUGAUCUUUAAAGUUGAUAUCAGCUCCUUUUCCUAAAAGCAUUUCGACGACUGCAGUGUGUCCCUGCAGAGAGGCGCGAUGCAGCGCUGUCCUCUUCAACUGGAAAAUUUAAAAAUAUCAUAAGCAGAAACUCUUCAGUGUAAAAUUAUCUGUUUCUCUGCAAAAUACGGGGAAAAAAUACCUCAUCGUGGACAUCAGGAUCUCCACCAUCAGCCAGAAAUCUCUCUAUUGCACUUCGAUUGCCUUGACUUGCUGCAUUCAUGAACUCUGCUGUAUCCCCAGACCCUACCUGCUCAGAUAGAUACACAGAGAAGAUACAGUGGGAAAUGAAAAAGAAAACCCAUAAUGGUUUCUUCUAUUUGUACUGGGCACAGAAAGAUAAGAAGCCUAAAAAUGUUUCUCACUGCAGGGAUUUCCACAGACAUCCUCGGUGAGAUCGUUGUCUGGAUACUCUUCUUUCUUUUGUACAUCCCCAUGAUAUCCUCUUCUCCCUUCAGAUCCAAAAUAUCACAGCCAAAGUCCGAGGAGAUCACCCUCACUGUCUCCUGUGCCUGUAAAGUAGCAGAAACAUUUAUCAAGAUAAAUAAACCUGAAGAAAAUGUGAACAAGAGAGGUGAUGCUGGUGAGGACACUGUGAAGCAGAACUGCCAAGUAGGCUAAGGGGUGUUGAGAGCUGGGAAUGGUGGUGUUAAUGUCAAAAUAAAUUCACAGCAUAGUGCAAGCUCAGCUAGGUGAUAAAAAAGUAACACUUCUAAAGUACUAGCCUUCAUAUGGUGUUUAUAAUUGAUCGUAAAACACACAUAAUGCAUGUAAAAAAGUAACUGCAAACAAUUUAAAGUGUUAGCUGAACAGUCAUGACUUUAAACAGCUUCAGCCUAAAAAUGCGAUUUCAAUUUUGAUAACUUCUCUUGAUUUGCAAAGUUAUCAAUCACCUAGCAGGAGUGAGAAAUACUGUUUGUGAAUUUAAAUGGCAAAAAGUACAAGAGUUUAGAAGAAUAAUAUGACAAAUAAAGCAGAUUUACUGAGACACUGAAAAUAAAAUGCUACUCAUCACAGGCCAAAAACACGUCUUCACUCAGAGAUUUGGUUCUUUCUUGGUAACAGCUGAAUUAAAUAUCCCGUCUAAUCCUGUUUCAUCCAAAAUAAUCUGACAACAAUGGAAAAUCAUCCCAAAUAUCACUUUACAAAUGUUUCUUCCACCUACCUGAGGUUUCUUGCUGGUUCCUGAUUUACAGUCCAUCAGGUUGUCCGCCCACGUUUCAGCCUCUCCUAUCCUGUUUCUGCGUUAAGAUAUAAAAGCAAAAUCAACUCCCUUCAGGUAAUUUAAGCCUCUAAAGUCUUUAGAAUUAAUUAUUAAAGCUGACGUGAAAUAAAAGCUGCAGUAAACUCCUCUG